ACAACUUUAAUCUGGUGGCGGACACAACUUUCAGAUUGUUUUAAUACGUUCCGCGUUUUUAAAGUGUGCACGGGCCGCAAGUCACGCAUAAACAUUGACCCGCCGCAUCACACAGUUUAUUCCUACACAACAAUGUGAGAAGACGAGCAACUCACUUCGUAAGGGGGCUUAGAAACCGAAGCGCGUUUUACUGGAAAAAAGUUUCCGAUUAUUGUGGCUUUUGGACGAACGGAACUCGCAUUCUCCCGGUGCGAUUCCAUGAAAUCGUGCCGCGCGUCGCUCGCCGUCGCCGCUCGACGCCUCAGCGCUGCUGGUGAUGAGGAGAAGAAAAUGGCGGCGGGAAAAGCGAGUGAACCCGAGGAGGACUCACCGCGUCUGAGCGCGCAGGAGAGCGACGCUCUCGCCCGCGUCGACAGCUCUCUGUUCGGAUAUCAGCGGCUUCAUGAAGAUGGCGCCAGCAUGAAGGCCCUGCUCGUCAAGGCUGUUUGCUGCUACGAGUCCCUGAUCCUGAAAGCUGAGGGCAAGGUGGACCCCGAGUUCUUCUGCCAGCUGGGCCACUUCAGCCUGUUGCUCGAGGAGUAUCCUAAAGCGUUAUCAGCCUACCAGCGGUACUACAGUUUACAGUCAGACUACUGGAAGAACGCUGCCUUUCUGUACGGCCUCGGGAUGGUUUACUUCCAUUACAACGCAUUUCAGUGGGCGAUCAAGGCGUUUCAGGAGGUGCUGUACAUCGACCCCGGCUUCUCUCGAGCUAAAGAGAUUCACCUGCGUCUCGGCCUGAUGUUCAAGGUCAACACGGACUACGAGUCGAGCUUAAAGCACUUUCAGCUGGCGCUCAUCGACUCCAGUCACUGCACUUUGUCUAAAGCUGAGAUUCAGUUCCACAUUGCGCAUCUGUACGAGAUUCAGAAGAGAUAUCGCACCGCUAAAGAGGCGUACGAGAGUCUCCUGCUGACCGAGGCGUUACCUGUGCAGGUGAAGGCCGCCACCUUACAGCAGCUGGGCUGGAUGCAUCAUACAGUCGAGCUGCUGGGAGAUAAAGCUAAUAAGAACAGCUACGCUAUCCAGUGUCUCCAGAAAUCCCUGGAAGCCGAUCCGAACUCUGGCCAGUCCUGGUACUUCCUCGGCAGGUGCUACUCCAGUAUUGGGAAGGUCCAGGACGCCUUCAUUUCAUACAGACAGUCCAUUGAUAAGUCUGAGGCCAGCGCGGACACGUGGUGCUCGAUCGGCGUGCUGUAUCAGCAGCAGAAUCAGCCCAUGGACGCGCUGCAGGCGUAUAUCUGCGCGGUUCAGCUGGACCACAGUCACGCCGCGGCCUGGAUGGACCUGGGCACGCUCUACGAGUCCUGCAACCAGCCGCAGGACGCCAUCAAGUGCUACGUCAACGCCACGCGCAGCAAAGCCUGCAGCAACACCGCGGCGCUCGCGGCGCGCAUCAAGUACCUGCAGGCUCAGUUCUGUAACCUCCAACACAAUAGUCUACAGAGUAAAAGUAAAAUGCUUCCUAGUAUUGAGGAAGCCUGGAGCCUCCCAAUCCCAGCAGAGCUAACGUCCCGACAGGGUGUCCAGAGCACAGGCCAGCAGGCGUGUAAACCCGGGGCGUCGGGCUCGGCUCAGGGCUCGGCUCAGUCUCUGCCGGCCCACGUGAGUCCGCUGGAUCAGGCCGACGACCCGUCCAGUCCAGCCAAGAGGAAGAGGACCAGCAGCCCUGCCAAGAGCUCCUCCGAGUCUUGGACCAACAGUGCAGCUCCGCCAGCCACUCCGAACUGGUACCUGUCUCCUCAGAAGCUGCAGUUGCUGGAACAGUUGCGAGCCAACCGUGCGAGUCUGAAGCCUGUUCAGAUGCAGAUGUUGGAUCAGUUGGAGGCUCAGCUGUCAGCCAUGCACCUGCACCAGCAACAGGUGCGUCACAACCAGCAACAGAUGAGGCAGAACUCCUCGGGCCCGAUCCGACCCUCUCUCCCCAACGGGCCCUCGGGCGUCUCCUCACUGCCUGCUCACCCUGGUCCCCGAGGCCCGGUUCCCCGCCCGUCCUGCAUCGCUCAUCCACUGUCCAACGGGCCGCUGCCUCCCAGUCCCAGUCCCGGCUCCCGCUCCGGCCCACAACCCCCUGCAGUCGGCAAUAAUCACACGCCGGGGAGCAGAGCGAACGGAGACGUGCCUUACCUGCACCCCAACGCACUACCUCACCACUGCAGGAGCCCAGGAGACCCGUGGAGGAGCCAGAACCUCAACGCCACUCAGGGGCUUCAGAAGGGUCCAGGUUCGCAUUGGGCGGGUCCUAAUGGAGACCGGACUCUCUCUUCCAGUGGUUCAGCCGACGGUGGCCCUCACAAUCAGGUUGGACAUUCCUCUACGACUCCCUCGGAGCCGGCUGUCAAUCACCAGUCCUCCUCGUCCUCGUCCUCUUCCUCAUGGCUAACGGCUACCUCAGGUGUUCCCCACGGCACCGGCCCGACCAAAGAGAGCAACGGCUCCACUGCCACCCAGCACCACAGUCCCGGUUCCAGGUCUAGGCCCGGCUCUCCGGCACACGAUCCGCAGCUCGGGGGGAAGGAGAUUCCCGCCGUUAACUCGCGGCUAAACCACGUUCACCCCGGCUCCACGCUAACGGCUCCGGGCAGCUCCACCGCCUCCUCGCCCGCCUCCGCCCUGUCCGCAUCAUCACCGUCACCCGUGGAGCCCUCGGCCAGCCUUAACAAGCCCGGCUCCACCGUCACCGUUAACGGAAGUGGAGGAGGAGCGUGUUCGGAAGACUCUCGAAGCCCAGUGAAGCUGGAGCCGCUAAAGCUAGAGCCGCCGGAGCUGUGCGCUAAAGCACCUCACAGACCCACGCUCUCGUCCUCCACCGUCUCCAUUUACCCCACAUCCGCUGACGUCCUCAAGGCCUGCAGAAAUCUUGGAAAGAACGGUGUGUCAAGCAGCCGAAUCCUGUUGAACAAAUGCCCUCCUCCUCGCCUCCCUCCUCCACCUGCUCCUCCUCUGGAUAAAGACAAGCUCAAUCCUCCCACUCCCAGCAUCUACUUGGAGAAUAAGAGAGACGCCUUCUUCCCGCCACUGCACCAGUUCUGCACAAACCAGUCCAACCCAGUGACCGUCAUACGGGGCCUAGCAGGAGCCCUCAAACUGGAUCUGGGCCUGUUCUCCACGAAGACGCUGGUGGAGGCGAACCCGGAGCACCUGGUGGAGGUGCGCACUCAGCUGUGCCAGCCGGCCGACGAGAACUGGGACUCCAGCGGGCAGAGGAAGCAGUGGCGCUGCGAGGGCACCCGGUCCUACACCACCAUCGCCAAAUACGCCCAGUACCAGGCCUCGUCCUUCCAGGAGUCCCUGAGGGAAGAGAAUGAGAAGAAGGGGCAGAAGGAGCUGUCGGACUCUGAAAUCACGUCAUCGGAAACUGUUUCUAGGAGCCGCAAAGCUCCUUUCAAACAAGUCAAGUUUGGGACCAACAUCGACGUCUCGGAUGAAAAGAAGUGGAAACUGCAGCUGCAGGAACUCAGUAAACUGCCUGCGUUCGCUCGAGUCGUGUCCGCCGGGAACCUGCUCAGUCACGUGGGCCACAGCAUUCUGGGAAUGAACACGGUCCAGCUCUUCAUGAAGGUCCCGGGCAGCAGAACUCCAGGGCAUCAGGAGCACAAUAACUUCUGUGCCGUGAACAUCAACAUCGGGCCGGGCGACUGCGAGUGGUUUGCCGUGCCGGAGCCGUACUGGGGAGUGAUGAGCGAGUUCUGUGAGAAGAACAACAUCAACUUCCUGAAGGGCUCGUGGUGGCCGAACCUGGAGGACCUGUACGAGGCGAACGUGCCGGUGUACCGCUUCAUCCAGCGGCCCGGAGACCUGGUGUGGCUGAACACGGGAACGGUGCACUGGGUCCAGGCCAUCGGCUGGUGCAACAACAUCUCCUGGAACGUGGGCCCUCUGUCAGCCUAUCAGUACAAGCUGGCCGUCGAACGCUACGAGUGGAACAAACUCCAGAGCGUCAAAUCUAUGGUUCCCAUGGUGCAUCUGUCCUGGAACAUGGCGAGGAACAUUAAAGUGUCCGACCUCAAGCUGUUUGAGAUGAUCAAGUUCUGUUUGCUGCGGACGCUCAAACAGUGUCAGGCCAUUAAAGAGGCGCUGGUGGCUGCUGGGAAGGAGACGAUCUGGCACAGACGAGGCCGAGACGAGCCGGCGCAUUACUGCAGCAUCUGUGAGGUGGAGGUGUUUAACCUUCUGUUCGUGACAAGCGACAGCUACGCCCGCCGCUCCUCCGUGGUUCACUGUCAGGCCUGCGCUCGGAAGGGCAGUGGAGAGCUGGAGGGGUUCGUGGUGUUGGAGCAGCACCGGAUGGACGACCUCAUGCAGGUUUACGACCAGUUCUCUUUAGCUCCUGCUCUUCAUUCGUCUUCAUCUUGACAUUAAGAUGCUCUACAUGUGGAUAUCACAUUACAGGAACUCUAUAAACGGACCGUUUCUGAUAUUCAGGACAGUGGUGUCGUCUCUGGCGAGCACACGGGACCGUCGACUCCAGCGGCUGUGUGUGUCUAUGCAACCGGUCUAUAACUGCAGUGUGUGGUUAUGGCCUGCAGGGGGCGGUCUAUAACUGCAGUGUGUGGUUAUGGCCUGCAGGGG